AGCGGCGUGUCCGAGUUCCUCCUCCUGGGGCUGUCCAUCCACCCAGAGCAGCAGGGCGUGAUCUUUGCCCUGUUCCUGGGCAUGUACCUGACCACGGUGCUGGGGAACCUGCUCAUCGUCCUGCUCAUCAGGCUGGACUCUCGCCUCCACACCCCCAUGUACUUCUUCCUCAGCCACUUGGCCUUCUCUGACAUUUCCCUUUCAUGUGUCACAGUUCCAAAGAUGCUCAUGAACAUGCAGACUCAGCAACAAUCCAUCCCCUAUGUGGGGUGCAUUUCACAGGUGUAUUUUUUCAUAAUUUUUGGUUGUCUUGACAAUGUCCUUCUUGCAGUGAUGGCGUACGACCGGUAUGUGGCCAUCUGUCAACCACUCCACUACACCACCAUCAUGAGGCAGGAGCUGUGUAUCUCAUUAGUGGCUGGAUCUUGGUUCUUCUCUUGUAUUCAUGCCCUGUUGCAUACCCUCCUCUUGGUCCAACUGCCCUUCUGUGAUGAUACUAUCCCUCACUUCUUUUGUGACCUCACUGUGCUCCUGAAGAUGAGUUGUUCAGACAUCUCUCUCAAUGAGCUGGUCAUCUUUACCGAGGGAGGAAUUCUUUUCAUCCUGCCUGUGAGUAGUAUCUUGGGCUCAUAUAUUCGUAUAGGAACAACUGUCGUAAGGGUAUCAUCCACUAAAGGACUUUUUAAAGCCUUUUCUACCUGUGGCUCCCAUCUUUUUGUGGUGUCUUUAUACUAUGGGACACUUGUAGGUGUUUACUUUUUCUCCUCAUCAUGGAACUUUAACAACAAAGAUGUAAUUGCUUCGGUCAUGUAUACAGUAGUUACCCCUAUGCUGAACCCCUUUAUCUAUAGCCUCAGGAACAAAGAUAUAAAACAGGCCCUACAAAUAUUUGUCUACAAAUAUUUGGCUAACUUUUAA